AUGCCCUCUCUCAUCCUCGCAUCCUCUUUCCCAUCCCCUCUCUCAUCCUCGCAUCCUCUCUCCCAUCCCCUCACUCAUCCUCGCAACCUCUCUCCUAUCCCCUCUCUCAUCCUCGCAUCCUCUCUCCCAUCCCCUCUCUCAUCCUCGCAACCUCUCUCCCAUCCCCUCUCUCAUCCUCGCAUCCUCUCUCCCAUCCCCUCUCUCAUCCUCGCAUCCUCUCUCCCAUCCCCUCACUCAUCCUCGCAACCUCUCUCCCAUCCCCUCUCUCAUCUUCGCAUCCUCUCUCCCAUCCCCUCUCUCAUCCUCGCAUCCUCUCUCCCAUCCCCUCUCUCAUCCUCGCAUCCUCUCUCCCAUCCCCUCUCUCAUCCUCGCAUCCUCUCUCCCAUCCCCUCUCUCAUCCUCGCAUCCUCUCUCCCAUCCCCUCUCUCCUCCUCGCAUCCUCUCUCCCAUCCCAUCUCUCAACAUCGCAUCCUCUCUCCCAUCCCCUCUCUCAUCCUCGCAUCCUCUCUCCCAUCCCCUCUCUCAUCCUCGCAUCCUCUCUCCCAUUCCGUCUCUCAUCCUCGCAUCCUCUCUCCCAUCCCCUCCAUCAUCCUCGCAUCCUCUCUCCCAUCCCCUCUCUCAUCCUCGCAUCCUCUCUCCCAUCCCCUCUCUCAUCCUCGACUCCUCUCUCCCAUCCCCUCUCUCAUCCUCGCAUCCUCUCUCCCAUCCCCUCUCUCAUCCUCCCAUCCUCUCUCCCAUCCCCUCUCUCAUCCUCGCAUCCUCUCUCCCAGCCCCUCUCUCAUCCACGCAUCCUCUCUCCCAUCCCCUCUCUCAUUCUCGCAUCCUCUCUCCCAUCCCCUCUCUCAUCCACGCAUCCUCUCUCCCAUCCCCUCUCUCAUCCUCGCAUCCUCUCUCCCAUCCCCUCUCUCAUCCUCGCAUCCUCUCUCCUAUCCCCUCUCUCAUCCACGCACCUCCCUCCAUCCACUCUCUCAUCCACGCAUCCUCUCUCCCAUCCCCUCUUUCAUCCUAGCAUCCUCUCUCCCAUCCCCUCUCGCAUCCUCGCAUCCUCUCUCCCAUGCCCUCUCUCAUCCUCGCAUCCUCUUUCCCAUCCCCUCUCUCAUCCUCGCAUCCUCUCUCCCAUCCCCUCACUCAUCCUCGCAACCUCUCUCCUAUCCCCUCUCUCAUCCUCGCAUCCUCUCUCCCAUCCCCUCUCUCAUCCUCGCAACCUCUCUCCCAUCCCCUCUCUCAUCCUCGCAUCCUCUCUCCCAUCCCCUCUCUCAUCCUCGCAUCCUCUCUCCCAUCCCCUCACUCAUCCUCGCAACCUCUCUCCCAUCCCCUCUCUCAUCUUCGCAUCCUCUCUCCCAUCCCCUCUCUCAUCCUCGCAUCCUCUCUCCCAUCCCCUCUCUCAUCCUCGCAUCCUCUCUCCCAUCCCCUCUCUCAUCCUCGCAUCCUCUCUCCCAUCCCCUCUCUCAUCCUCGCAUCCUCUCUCCCAUCCCCUCUCUCCUCCUCGCAUCCUCUCUCCCAUCCCAUCUCUCAACAUCGCAUCCUCUCUCCCAUCCCCUCUCUCAUCCUCGCAUCCUCUCUCCCAUCCCCUCUCUCAUCCUCGCAUCCUCUCUCCCAUUCCGUCUCUCAUCCUCGCAUCCUCUCUCCCAUCCCCUCCAUCAUCCUCGCAUCCUCUCUCCCAUCCCCUCUCUCAUCCUCGCAUCCUCUCUCCCAUCCCCUCUCUCAUCCACGCAUCCUCUCUCCCAUCCCCUCUCUCAUCCUCGCAUCCUCUCUCCCAUCCCCUCUCUCAUCCUCCCAUCCUCUCUCCCAUCCCCUCUCUCAUCCUCGCAUCCUCUCUGCCAUCCCCUCUCUCAUCCUCGCAUCCUCUCUCUCAUCCCCUCUCUCAUCCUCGCAUCCUCUCUCCCAUCCCCUCUCUCCUCCUCGCAUCCUCUCUCCCAUCCCAUCUCUCAACAUCGCAUCCUCUCUCCCAUCCCCUCUCUCAUCCUCGCAUCCUCUCUCCCAUCCCCUCACUCAUCCUCGCAACCUCUCUCCUAUCCCCUCUCUCAUCCUCGCAUCCUCUCUCCCAUCCCCUCUCUCAUCCUCGCAACCUCUCUCCCAUCCCCUCUCUCAUCCUCGCAUCCUCUCUCCCAUCCCCUCUCUCAUCCUCGCAUCCUCUCUCCCAUCCCCUCACUCAUCCUCGCAACCUCUCUCCCAUCCCCUCUCUCAUCUUCGCAUCCUCUCUCCCAUCCCCUCUCUCAUCCUCGCAUCCUCUCUCCCAUCCCCUCUCUCAUCCUCGCAUCCUCUCUCCCAUCCCCUCUCUCAUCCUCGCAUCCUCUCUCCCAUCCCCUCUCUCAUCCUCGCAUCCUCUCUCCCAUCCCCUCUCUCCUCCUCGCAUCCUCUCUCCCAUCCCAUCUCUCAACAUCGCAUCCUCUCUCCCAUCCCCUCUCUCAUCCUCGCAUCCUCUCUCCCAUCCCCUCUCUCAUCCUCGCAUCCUCUCUCCCAUUCCGUCUCUCAUCCUCGCAUCCUCUCUCCCAUCCCCUCCAUCAUCCUCGCAUCCUCUCUCCCAUCCCCUCUCUCAUCCUCGCAUCCUCUCUCCCAUCCCCUCUCUCAUCCACGCAUCCUCUCUCCCAUCCCCUCUCUCAUCCUCGCAUCCUCUCUCCCAUCCCCUCUCUCAUCCUCCCAUCCUCUCUCCCAUCCCCUCUCUCAUCCUCGCAUCCUCUCUCCCAUCCCCUCUCUCAUCCUAGCAUCCUCUCUCCCAUCCCCUCUCUCAUCCUCGCAUCCUCUCUCUCAUCCCCUCUCUCAUCCUCGCAUCCUCUCUCCCAUCCCCUCUCUCAUCCUCGCAUCCUCUCUCCCAUCCCCUCUCUCAUCCUCGACUCCUCUCUCCCAUCCCCUCUCUCAUCCUCGCAUCCUCUCUCCCAUCCCCUCUCUCAUCCUCCCAUCCUCUCUCCCAUCCCCUCUCUCAUCCUCGCAUCCUCUCUCCCAUCCCCUCUCUCAUCCACGCAUUCUCUCUCCCAUCCCCUCUCUCAUUCUCGCAUCCUCUCUCCCAUCCCCUCUCUCAUCCACGCAUCCUCUCUCCCAUCCCCUCUCUCAUCCUCGCAUCCUCUCUCCCAUCCCCUCUCUCAUCCUCGCAUCCUCUCUCCCAUCCCCUCUCUCAUCCUCGCAUCCUCUCUCCCAUCCCCUCUCUCAUCCACGCAUCCUCUCUCCCAUUCCCUCUCUCAUCCUAGCAUCCUCUCUCCCAUCCCCUCUCUCAUCCUCGCAUCCUCUCUCCCAUCCCCUCUCUCAUCCUCGCAUCCUCUCUCCCAUCCCCUCUUUCAUCCUCGCAUCCUCUCUCCCAUCCCCUCUCUCAUCCUCGCAUCCUCUCUCCCAUCCCCUCUCUCAUCCUCGCAUCCUCUCUCCCAUCCCCUCUCUCAUCCUCGCAUCCUCUCUCCCAUCCCCUCUCUCAUCCUCGCAUCCUCUCUCCCAUCCCCUCUCUCAUCCACGCAUCCUCUCUCCCAUCCCCUCUCUCAUCCUCGCAUCCUCUCUCCCAUCCCCUCUCUCAUCCUCGCAUCCUCUCUCCCAUCCCCUCUCUCAUCCACGCAUCCUCUCUCCCAUCCCCUCUCUCAUCCACGCAUCCUCUCUCCCAUCCCCUCUCUCAUCCUCGCAUCCUCUCUCCCAUCCCCUCUCUCAUCCUCGCAUCCUCUCUCCCAUCCCCUCUCUCAUCCACGCAUCCUCUCUCCCAUCCACUCUCUCAUCCUCCUCGCAUUAUCUCUCCCAUUCCCUCUCUCGUCCUCGCGUCCUCUCACCCAUCCCCUCUUUCAUCCUCGCAUCCUCUUUCCCAUCCCCUCUCUCAUCCUCGCAUCCUUUCUCCCAUCCCCUCUCUCGUCCUCGCGUCCUCUCACCCAUCCCCUCUCUCAUCCUCGCAACCUCACUCCCAUCCCCUCUCUCAUCUCUCUCAUCCUAGCAUCCUUUCUCCCAUCCCCUCUCUCAUCAUCGCAUCCUCUCUCCCAUCCCCUCUCUCAUCAUCGCAUCCUCUCUCCCAUCCCCUCUCUCAUCCUCGCAUCCUCUCUCCCAUCCCCUCUCUCAUCCACGCAUCCUCUCUCCCAUCCCCUCUCUCAUCCUCGCAUCCUCUCUCCCAUCCCCUCUCUCAUCCUCGCAUCCUCUCUCCCAUCCCCUCUCUCAUCCACGCAUCCUCUCUCCCAUCCCCUCUCUCAUCCUCCUCGCAUUAUCUCUCCCAUUCCCUCUCUCGUCCUCGCGUCCUCUCACCCAUCCCCUCUCUCAUCCUCGCAUCCUCUUUCCCAUCCCCUCUCUCAUCCACGCAUCCUCUCUCCCAUCCCCUCUCUCAUCCACGCAUCCUCUCUCCCAUCCCCUCUCUCAUCCACGCAUCCUCUCUCCCAUCCCCUCUCUCAUCCUCGCAUCCUCUCUCCCAUCCCCUCUCUCAUCCACGCAUCCUCUCUCCCAUCCCCUCUCUCAUCCUCGCAUCCUCUCUCCCAUCCCCUCUCUCAUCCUCGCAUCCUCUCUCCCAUCCCCUCUCUCAUCCACGCAUCCUCUCUCCCAUCCCCUCUCUCAUCCUCCUCGCAUUAUCUCUCCCAUUCCCUCUCUCGUCCUCGCCAUCCUUUCUCCCAUCCCCUCUCUCAUCAUCGCAUCCUCUCUCCCAUCCCCUCUCUCAUCAUCGCAUCCUCUCUCCCAUCCCCUCUCUCAUCCUCGCAUCCUCUCUCCCAUCCCCUCUCUCAUCCACGCAUCCUCUCUCCCAUCCCCUCUCUCAUCCUCCUCGCAUUAUCUCUCCCAUUCCCUCUCUCGUCCUCGCGUCCUCUCACCCAUCCCCUCUCUCAUCCUCGCAUCCUCUUUCCCAUCCCCUCUCUCAUCCACGCAUCCUCUCUCCCAUCCCCUCUCUCAUCCACGCAUCCUCUCUCCCAUCCCCUCUCUCAUCCACGCAUCCUCUCUCCCAUCCCCUCUCUCAUCCUCGCAUCCUCUCUCCCAUCCCCUCUCUCAUCCACGCAUCCUCUCUCCCAUCCCCUCUCUCAUCCUCGCAUCCUCUCUCCCAUCCCCUCUCUCAUCCUCGCAUCCUCUCUCCCAUCCCCUCUCUCAUCCACGCAUCCUCUCUCCCAUCCCCUCUCUCAUCCUCCUCGCAUUAUCUCUCCCAUUCCCUCUCUCGUCCUCGCGUCCUCUCACCCAUCCCCUCUCUCAUCCUCGCAACCUCACUCCCAUCCCCUCUCUCAUCUCUCUCAUCCUAGCAUCCUUUCUCCCAUCCCCUCUCUCAUCAUCGCAUCCUCUCUCCGAUCCCCUCUCUCAUCAUCGCAUCCUCUCUCCCAUCCCCUCUCUCAUCAUCGCAUCCUCUCUCCCAUCCCCUCUCUCAUCCUCGCAUCUUGGGCACUGUCCAGGGCGGUGAGUAGGCGAGGCUAG